CGCAUUUGGCAAUGCUCGACUCGUGCGCGAUGGAAACGUAGCGCUAAGCAAACUACAAUCAUUGGCGCAUUGGCUGUCCCAGGGAUGCGAGGACGGUGCUGACGGUAGCGAGAGGAAUUUUGAACAAGAGCAUGUGCCGAAAGAACUACAACAUGAUGCCGAGUGGGACAAGUAUUCUUGGUGUAAGAAACGGAUUGCAAGUAUUCUUAGUCUCAAUACUGGCGCAAAUGAGGUUGGCCCGGGAGCAAAAGCCGAAGGAAGUUUUCCUAGCAUUGACAGUCCCGAUGGGCGUGCAGUAUCUGUCUUAGCACACAGACUUGUGAACGAGCUAGAAUGGCGUUUCUUAAAAGCGGGGUUUGUCAUCCACAAUUUGGAUCGGGUUGUAGGAUUCGACGAGGCAGUCUUGCGUGAGACACGCCCAGAAGACAUUGAUGGAAGUGGUCGUGGUACUCAUGGAAUACAAAGGAGCCCUCAAGAAUUACAUCAGCAAGCAGUAGCACCCGGAGUAGAAUCACA